AUGCCGAUUUUUUUUUCAAAUCGAAAUCGAACUACAACGCCUAGAGUCAAUAAUCGUGGUAAAAAGCCGGAAAAUUUGAAGAAAAAUCAGUCGAAAGCAGCCGGAGAUGCUAAAAAGAUCCCUAACGAAUGGGAUUCCAACGCCUUCAGUAGAUUCUACUUCUUCGAUGUUCGCCAACGAAGGGAUACCGGAUCGAACGGAGAAGCCGAGGAUUUGGGACCACAACAAAUGGAAAUCGACAAGUACACACACAGACAUGCCAUCAAUUUCGCCGGGAAAUCGUUGGAAUGGGCGAAGGAGACUUCCAAAAAGCGGAAAGUUCUAGAACCAACUCUAGACGCUCAGCUUGCUCCGAGCAGAUGCAUUUUUAAAUUUGACGCCACUCAAAGCAUUCGUGCCUACUAUCGUGUAGUUUCUGAGCACGAAGACAAGUAUGUUCUGAUGGCAUGUCAUACGAAUCUACAUGGAUUCCAUCGAGGAGACCUUCGAUUUGUUGAAGUCAACGCUAGAACAGUUACAGACGGAUUUGAGAAGUUCAGCAUUGUUGGAAAACUGUUCCUUGGAGAUAUUUUGGCUGUCACGAAGCUCUCAAAGAUGUCCAAAAAGCCACUGGACCCACCGAAGGCUCUGAAAAUGAAUCCGGACUCGACGAUGAUUUGGGAAGUGGCGGAAAUGAGAAUUUUAGAGAGAAAAUUGGUUCAUCGAACCGUUUUUGCUUUCAUGAAGUGUGGCUCGGCGAUUGUGAAAGGCAAAAACGAAGCGGCGGCCGUUCUAUUGAAUGACAAUUCUCCCAUCGAUUUGGAGAGUCUUUACACUGGAUCUGCCUUCAUUCCAACGAAACUGGCCUCCAGAAUCAGUUACGACUACAAAAAGGAGGUCAAAUCGAAGCUUCUCGAGUACUCCUCUCGGUUUUCUUCCUGUCCAAAUGCUCUUGCAACCAUUUAUAAGUAUGAGCUAUCUCCGGAACUCACUCAAAAAUUCAACAUUAGAAAAGACGCAUUCAAGCAAUCUACAGAUUCCGAAGAAAUCACCGAAUUGUGCACCCAAAUGGGACAAUCCGCUGUUUUGACCCUAUCCGACGGUCGAGCCGACAGUCGAAUGUUUCCAAUGCUAAAUCCAGUCAAAGAGGAGGAAGGCGUCAAAUUCUCAAUCUCAAAUCCAUUGAAAUAUCCAACAGAAGGACUAUGGAACUGUAGUAAUAGAGUUAGAUUCGAGGGAAUGUGUGGAAAAAUUGAUGCGACUAUCGAGACGGUGAUUCCAGAAGAGAACGUUCUAAAGAUCUAUGCUCGUGUCUCAAAAGAAUCUCUCAGACGUCUGAAUUUUCGAGAAGGAACGUUUGUAGUUUAUCAACGAGAGGCUCGAGAAGCGACCAUGUUGGAAGAUGGAUACCUUCGGAAACUGCAUUCUUCUCGAAAGGGACGUCAAAUCAUUGAGGCAUUGUAUGGAGGAGUUUCGUUGAAGAGAGAUUUAUCGAUUUUAGGUAACAACAGUCAUAGAAACAAACUAAUUACCCCAAAGUUCAUUUUUCCAGGUCCAGCACCCCAUUGCAUCUUUCCAAGUGACCCUCCAACUUCUCUAAACGAAUUCCAAAACCAGUAUGUCUCCAUGAUGACGUCAUCUUAUUAUCCAAUGCUUCUUGGAAGCUCCCCAUUUGGCUGUGGAAAGUCAAUGACAAUUGUGAUGGCUGCUAUUGAGAAAUGUAAACGCCAUGAAUCCAGUCAGCAGUUUCUUAUCACUGAAAGCAACUAUGCAAGUGUUAACUUGAUUGAUAUCGCUCGGAAAGUCAAAAAAUCCAAAAUGAAAAUUAUGAGAUAUGUCACCGAAUCGAAUUGGAAAGAGCUCCCAGAGCACUGUCGUACCGAAUACGAUCUUCCUGUGCUUAUGAGCGCAAUUUUCAAACAAUUGGCUCAUGGAGAGAUUGGAAAUCGAGAGUCUACAAGCAUCACUGAGAAAAUGAUCAUUCUGGCGUAUCUCAUUUCGAAAAAAGAGUUUAUGGAGGACCUGCUGAGUAGCCCAUUGAAAACUUUCCACAGUAACUACAAAAGUGACGUCGAGGACUACCCAAUCCAACGUCGUAAUCGAGAAGCCUUUGAGAUUCUGCUCAGGUUCUACAAGCCAAAUGUCAUAGUAAUCACUGCAGACACUUUGCAAUCUAUGAUGAAUUGUUCUGUCUAUUUCAAUGUUGUAAUGAUUCAAAUCGAUGAAGCAUGCCAACUUCCGGAAUGCACAUUGAUCAGUCUCCUCCGAUUGUUCCCGAACGCCAAUUAUGGAUUAAUUGGAGAUAUCAAACAGUUGCCACCAUAUUGUGAGGACGAGUUGAAGGGAAAACUCAAGGAGUACGGUAUCGGAAACACAAUGGAACGAGCGAUUGAAGAGAAGAUGUUUCCAGAGGCUAUCCUUCGAUACGUCUACCGCUGUCAUCCGAAAAUCACCGAACUCCUGAGUGAACUCUUCUACGAUGGAAAUCUGAUUUCUGGAGUUGAAGAGAUACAGAGAAACGAAUUCAUGAGAAGACGUCAGGACUUUUGGCCGAAUCCACAUUAUCCAAUUAUUGUGGUUCACAAUCGAGAUAAGGCUUAUAAAAUUGGAACUUCUUGUGGAAAUCGAACUGAGAAAAUCUUGGCGAAACAAAUUGUGAAAGAAUUGUUGAAAGAGGAAAAUGGAUACCAAUUAAAGCCAUCGGAUAUUGGUGUCAUUUCUUUUUAUGCUGGACAAACUUCAGCUGAAACCCUAAAAUUCUGUUUCCCAGUUCUGUCCGACUCAUUCCGUGGCACUGGUGUCAAUUGUGGAACCGUCGACGCAUUCCAAGGAUCCGAACGAGAAGUCAUCAUCCUUUGCUGUACAAAUGAACGAAUUUCUGAGUUCAUGCAGCUGAGCAAUCGAUUGAAUGUUGCAAUGUCCAGAGCCCGCCAAGCAACGAUUAUCAUUGGAAAUUCAAUCGGAUUGAGUGAAGCCAAGUAUUGGAGUCAGAUUGUCAAAAAAGUUGAGGAGAAUGGCGGUGUUGUGGACACGACCAAGUGCCCCUUCCACGUAGAACCAGAAGCACUGUUGAAAUCCAACAAGAAGAAAAGCGAAGAAUCCGAGAAAAUCGAAGAAAUAGGAGACGACAAAACUGGUGAAAUUGAGGAAAAGCGAAAUUCUGUUAGACAAGGAAGAGAUAGCAAUCAGAAGGAUUCUUCAUCAAAACCUAGUGAUGCUCGAACUUCGGAUUCCAAACCAAUCGAUCAUCUGAAGAAUUCUCGAAAUCAGAUUCAGAAUAAGGCUCAAAACUCGGAAAAAGCAGACGAAAAUGUUCCGAAGACUCAAAACGCAUCAAGAAAACGGAAUAGAGGAGGCCACAGAGGACGUCAAAAAAGCCAGAAAUCCGACGGAGAUGGCUUAAAGAAGCUAUCAGGAGAACUGGGAGCAAUGAAACUGAAACAGGAGACUGUAGCAGAGGGGCAGGUUGAAAAACCUCCGAUCGAUGAUGCAAAUAGGCUACGUGGAGCUAUGAGAAAAAGGGAUGGAGCUAGAAGAAAUACUGUCAAAGAUAAUAAAAAUGGUACGCAAAAUGAAACGGUACUAUUUUUUGACCUAGAAAUUUCAAAAUUGAUUCAUUUACAGACGGAAGCGGGUCCAGUUGUUGCCAAGCCAGAAAUCAAUCCAAAAAAGAGAAGAUAUUGGAGAUUUUCGAAUAAAAACGACGGAGAGAUCAAAAAGAAGACCUCCGAUUAA